CGUUUAUUGACAAUAUGGCGACCGGGCCAGCUGAGCAGGGACUGGACGUUUUUCGGUUUUGCCAGUGACCGCGGUUGUGGGUUAUGAAAGCGAUGAAGUGUUAUGAAUGAAGGCACUCGGGAGUCGUCGGGAUGUUGUCUCUAAGCUGAGUGCGCGUUCACAGCUUCAGAUCCAUUAUGUCGUUCUUCAGGCGGAAAGCUAAAGGAAAGGAACCUGAGAGAGCAGCAGAUGCCAAAGCCAGCAAAUCCCCAGUGUCGCCCCAUUCCCCCUCGCUUAGUGGCCGGAAUCAUCAUGCUAUCCUGGAGGCGGCAGGACCUAGCCAUGUGGCUAUCAGUGCUAUCUCGGCAAACAUGGACUCCUUUGCCCGCGGCCGCACUGCUAUCCUCAAAAAACAGCCCAGCCACAUGGAGGCAGCACACUUUGGAGACUUAGGUCGCUCAAGUGUCAACUAUCAGAUUCAAGAGACUCGCUCUCGGCUUUCCAAAACUGUAGACCAGAUCUUGCGGGACAAUGUGGCUCUGCCCUACUUCAUUCAGUUCAUGGAGACGCGCUCAGCCGAGCACCUGGUUCGCUUCUGGCUCGAGGCCGAAAGCUUUCGCUCUACCAGCUGGUCCCGGGUUAGGGCGCACAGCCUCAACUCAGUCAAACACAGCACCCUGGCCGAGCCUGCGACUGCCCUGGGAUCGCCAGACUCACCCGACUCCCCAAACCACUCCAGCAGACCUUCAAAUAUGGAGGAGGGAGAUGAAGAGGAUGCUUUUUCCUCCAGGACGUCCUCCAGAUCUCACACCCCCAGUCCCCAGGACACUAACUCUCACAGUGGGGCUCUGAUGGGCCACAGAGACUCUGUUAGCUUUGAUGGGACAGCUCGGCCCGGGACUCCUCAAUUGCAGCCUGUGCUCCGAUCAGAAACACCCACCAGACAGACCUCGUCCAGGACGGGCACACCUGUCAAAGGCCUUCGUGAUCUCUCCGACAAACUUAUGAAGAGUAUAGAGAGAGAUGCCGUUAACAUUUUCACUAAGUACAUAUCUCCUGAUGCUGCUAGACCGAUUCCCAUCACCGAACAGAUACGCAAUGACAUUGUGGCAAAAAUCUGUGGGGAGGAUGGCCAGGUGGACCCAAACUGCUUCGUCAUUGCACAAUCUGUUGUGUUCUCCAUCAUUGACCAACAGCACUUUAUUGAGUUUUUGCGCAGCCAUUAUUUCUGUAAGUACCAGAUCGAGGUGCUGACCAGUGGUUCGGUGUUCCUGGCGGACAUCCUGUUCUGCGAAUCAGCCCUCUUCUACUUCUCUGAGUACAUGGAAAAAGAGGAUGCGAUGAACGUGCUGCAGUUCUGGCUGGCUGCAGAAAACUUUCAAGAUCAGUUGGCUGCCAAAAAAGGCCAGUAUGAUGGACAGGAAGCCCAGAAUGAUGCAAUGAUCCUUUAUGACAAGUAUUUUUCACUCCAAGCAACAAAUCCACUGGGUUUUGGUGACUCUGUACGGAUGGAGAUUGAAUCUAAUAUCUGUCGAGAAGGCGGACCUCUUCCAAACUGCUUCAACACUCCACUGAGACAGGCCUGGACCACCAUGGAGAAGGUUUACAUGCCAGGCUUUCUGUCAAGCAACCUUUACUACAAGUAUUUAAGCGACCUUAUUAACUCUGUACGGGUGGAUGAGUUCAUUGGAGGAAAUGCCAACACUCCGAACCAGGGCUGGACCCAGGAAGGCGAGCGCAACUCGAGCGUUACAGAAGGGUCACACGUUCAGCAAGGUACUAAAAAAGCAGCAAUCAAGAUCUUGAAGAACUUCGAUGAGGCGAUAACGGUGGAUAUCGCCAGUCUGGAUCCUGAGUCCCUCUAUCAGAGACCAUAUGCUGGAAGAAUGACCUUUGGAAAGGUGAAUGAGCUGGGCCAGUUCAUCAGAGAGGCUGAGCCAGAACCAGAUGUGAAGAAGUCCAAGGGUUCCAUGUUUUCUCUAGCAAUGAAGAAAUGGGUUCAAGGAAACUCAGAUGAGGCACAAGAAGAGAUGGCAUGGAAGAUCGCAAAGAUGAUCGUCAAUGAUGUCAUGCAGCAGGGACACCAUGGAAGCCCUGAAGUAAAAGCAACAAAACUAUGACCCUCUGUGUGAGUGUGGACAGAGCUCCUGACGCCCUCUUGAAGUGAACGGCCUGAAGACGAACACUCAGCCGAACUGCAUUACCAUAUCCGUGAGGACUGAACGAGGCAUUCCAUCACUUCCUGCAUGUGACCGUGUGAGAGCGUGAGUGUUUAGGUUUGCACACUAAUAGCCAAAAUACGAUCCACCCCCAAGGAUAUUUGUGUUUAUUAUUAUUUGAUGAGUAGAGAAACAACAAGUUGGACUAGAUACACAGAGCUGUCGUGCAGCAGACCAAUGCUCAGAACAAGACUGAAUAAACACUGAAUUUCAAAACCAACCUCCUACCAUGUUGACCAACAGGAAGUGCUUGGUAAUCUGAACAGGAAAUGGUGUCUACUUAAAGGGACAGUUCAUCCAAAAAUGGAAAUUCUGUCAUCCUUUACUCACAUUUUGCUUGUUUGAGUUUCUGUUAAACACAAAAGAAGAUAUUUUGAAGAAUGUUUAAAACCUGUAACCACUGACACCCAUACACUGUUAAAAAAAGUUGACUCAACUUAAAAUUGCAAGGCAACUUGUUGCACAGUUUUUUUUGAGUUCACUCAACUUUUAACUCAAGAAUUGCACUUGACUCGAUUUAAGUUGAGUCAACUCAAAAAGCACAGCAGGGGGAGUUGUCUCACAAUUUUAAGUUGUGCCAACUUCUUUUUAACUGCGUAGCUAUUUUUUUUUACUGUGGAUGUCAGUGGUUGUAGGCUUUAAGCUUCAAAAUAUCUUUCCUUUGUGUUUAAAAGAGGAAAGAAACAAAACGUUUUGGAACCACUUGAUGUAGAGUAAACAGUCAUUUUUCAUUUUUGGGUGAAUAUGCCUUAAAAUGUUUUCCCUUCCUCAAUGUAAAUUCCUCAAUCUCUCUUUGGUCUUUCCUGUAAUCUGAACAGCAAAUGGUGUCUACUUAAAGGAAUAGUUCAUCCAAAAAUGUAAAUUCUGUCAUUGUUUACUCACACUUUGCUUAUUUGAGUUUCUGUUAAACACAGAAGAUAUUUUGAAGAAUGUUUAAAACCUGUAACCAUUGACACCCAUACACUGUUAUAAAAAACUUGACUCAACUUAAAAUUGUAAGGCAACUUGCUGUACAGGUUUUUUUGAGUUGACUUAACUUUUAACACAUGUACUUGACUGUCAACUCAAAAAGCUCUGCUGGGAAAAUUGGCUUACAAUUUUAAGUUGAGUUAACUUUUUUAACAGUGUAUCAUUUGUUUUUUAGUAUGGAAGUCUGUGGCUUUUAGUUUUCUGCUUCAAAAUAUCUUCGUGUUUAAAAGAAGAAAGAAACAAAGUUUUGUUUAGUUUGUUUAAAAUCAGUUGAAACAACAGAGUUAAGUUUUUUGGGGGGACAACUUAAUUGUUUUAUGUUCAAUCCACUUAAGUUUCUAAAAAUGAUUAAGUUAACUUAAUCGAUUUGUGUUGGGACAAAAUGAAGGAAUUGAGUUGAACCCAGCAUUUUUGACAGUGUAAACAGUCAUUUUUUAUUUUUGGGUGAACUAUCCCUUUAAAUGUUUUCCCUUCCUCAGCUUAGUUCUUAUCUCACACGUCUCUUUUAUCUUUCAUUUUCACUUUUUAAGAAAGAGUGGUUAUGAAAUGCUUAAGCUUUUUAUUUAGUGCAGAAAAACUCAAAUGCAGAAAUACCCCGGAUGGCUGUGUACAGUUUUAUUUCGAUUUACGGUAUGCCAAUCGGUCAUUGUCUGACGCUGUUCUGUCUGUCUCUCAUGGAUUUGAAGCAACUGAUGUUACAGUUCAAACUGGAAUGAGAACUAAUGACCUUCCUGUCCUUCUCCAACCCUGUCCAGAUCUGAUUCUAGACUGUAGAGAUACACCGAAACUGAACUGCUAGAGCAAUGUCUAUCCCCGUUCUGUAUAAAUGUGGUUUACCGCCAUAUAUUAAUGUUAGUUCUUUUAUGGUGAUUGACUGUCUUCAUUUUUCUUCUUCUUUUGUAUGAUAUGUCAAACUCUGUCUAAGCAAAUCUCAGUGAUGACUGUUCAUUUUCAAACGUGUACUUGGACAUGAAGUUAUUGCUUUGGACCUCAUUGAGAUGCGGACGAGAAACAGGCAAAAGACUUUUGGUACUAUGUACCACUAAUAUGUUUUCUGACAUAUAUGUGUACUUAAUCUAUAAUAUAUUUAAAUGUGUUUGAUUUAAAUACAUAUAUUGUUGAAAUGUC